ACUGUAACCUCGCUCGAGUCACCGAAGAUCCGCGUCCACAGAGCCGAACGGACGGUGCUACUCCAGCAGACCGGCACCCACAUCCUGGACGAGUUUUCAGACAACAUCCACGAAGCGCUGGCUUGAAGCCCUGUCGGAGCCCUGAAAUAAAACGACGCGGAUAGAGGAUAGAGGAGAGAGAGAGAGGGGGGGGGGCGGCACUUGACAGAGCCGACCUCCGACUGAAAGCAGCCGGGCUUUUCGAGAGAUAGCAAACGAACUGACAAACAAGUUUUUAAAAAAAUAAAGAAGAAGAAGAAGAAGAAGAAGAAAAACGCUCGACAGAAGUUUUGAGUCAACCUUCAAGAUGACUGACUUCUGAACGAAACCGCCGGGAGACCCCCAACCCCCCCCAGCCCGCCCAGAGGAGGUUCUUCCAGCGCAUUCAACUUUGACAGGAGACGAGAGGCAAAAGAAAAGAAAGAAAGAAAGAAAGAGACAAACGGAAAAAAGAAUAGUUCACUCACAGCGCUGCCAUCAUGGACUCAGGAAAGCAAAUAACGUUCCCGUUGUUGAUGAGUGUCGGAGCAGCUGUGAUCGGCUCUCUGCAGUUUGGCUACAACACUGGUGUCAUCAAUGCCCCUCAAAAGAUCAUCGAGGCCUUCAUCAAUGACACAUGGUUACACCGCUAUGAGGAGCCUAUCACCAAGAACUCCCUAAAAGCCAUCUGGUCCGUCGCUGUCUCCAUUUUCUCUGUCGGUGGCAUCGUAGGCUCCUUCUCAGUCGGACUCUUUGUCAACAGCUUAGGAAGGAAGAACUCUAUGCUCAUGGCUAAUAUCCUGGCCUUCAUCGCGGCUGCUCUGAUGGGCUUUUCGAAGAUGGCGAAAUCCUGGGAAAUGCUGAUCAUUGGCCGGUUUGUGGUUGGCCUCUACUCCGGCCUCUCCACAGGCUUCGUGCCCAUGUAUGUGGGUGAGGUUUCCCCAACAGCUCUACGAGGAGCCCUGGGAACCCUGCACCAGCUGGGCAUUGUCAUCGGCAUCCUCGUUGCACAGGUGUUUGGACUUGACUCCAUCAUGGGCAACGACAGCCUGUGGCCGCUCCUCUUGGGGUUCAUCUUCAUCCCAGCUGUGAUGCAGUGCGUCCUGUUGCCUCUGUGCCCCGAGAGCCCCCGUUUCCUGCUCAUCAACAGGAAUGAAGAGAACAAGGCCAAGUCUGUGCUCAAGAAGCUCCGAGGCACUACAGAUGUGAGUGCUGACAUGCAGGAGAUGAAGGAGGAGAGCCGGCAGAUGAUGAGGGAGAAAAAGGUGACCAUCAAGGAGCUCCUCCAGUCGCCCCUCUACCGCCAGCCCCUCAUGGUCGCUAUCAUCCUGCAGCUCUCCCAGCAGCUGUCUGGCAUCAAUGCUGUGUUCUAUUACUCCACUCUGAUCUUUGAGAAAUCCGGGGUUGAGCAGCCCGUCUAUGCCACCAUUGGAGCUGGUGUCGUUAACACUGCUUUUACUGUUGUGUCGCUGUUUGUCGUAGAACGCGCUGGACGUAGGUCUUUGCACCUCCUGGGGCUGCUGGGAAUGGCCGGAUCUGCCAUCCUGAUGACUAUCGCCUUGGCUCUGCUGGAACAGCUCAAGUGGAUGUCGUACUUGAGCAUCGUGGCCAUUUUCGCCUUCGUGGCGUUCUUCGAGAUCGGACCAGGUCCCAUCCCCUGGUUCAUUGUGGCAGAGUUGUUCUCGCAGGGACCCAGGCCUUCAGCCAUCGCUGUAGCUGGUUUGUCCAACUGGACUGCCAACUUUGUAGUGGGAAUGGGCUUCCAGUAUGUACAGGAAGUGUGUGGCCCCUACGUGUUUGUCAUCUUCACUGUGCUGCUGCUCUUGUUCUUCGUCUUCACGUACUUCAAAGUGCCGGAGACCAAGGGCCGGACGUUUGACGAGAUCACGGCCGGCUUCCGCCAGACAGCCGCCGUUGGGGGAGAAAAGCACUCGCCGGAGGAGCUCAACAGCCUGGGAGCUGAUUCUCAGCUCUGAGUGACUGUUUUUAACUUUCUAACAAACUCUCUCUCAGAGCAAGGAGGACCGGGGAAGGGUCUACUAACUAGAGGUAGACAGGUCCAUUGGUAGAAUAUAAUUUUUCACACUGUCUCCACAUUUCGGGCGUCAUUACCGAACCCAGAACAGCCCUGCGCGAUUCUCCAACACGACGCCUUCUGCUGCCCUUCUCCUAUCGCACAAAGAAACAACAACUCAGUGGGCGCUCUGUCGCCUUGCAGAUGUAGAUGGCGGGAUUUGAGGAUAGAUGGGGAAGAUUUUUAAUAUAAUAAAGAAGGAAAAAGGAG